CCACGCCGUCGCUGUGUCACCAGCAGCCGCACUGGCAAGUCUGCCGGUGGUCGGAAGACCUUUGCUCUGGCUCCACCAGCACGGUAUCGAGCAGCCGACCCCAUCCCCCCCCAACACCUCCCCUACAUUUUCUCCGCUCUCAUCUCAACGCCUACUCCACCACCUCCUCUUUCUCCUCCUCUGGAUGUUGUUGCGCUUCUGUCGCUGCAGCCUUUAAGUUCGAGAGAGCCUCGUCUCGGGCACAACAAGUCCAUUCCCCAGCAUCCCAACCGGGAUGCACGUUGCGUUGAUGCGAUGACAUAAAUGGGCCGCACAGGAUGUAAAGCCUCGCUAGAAGAAGCAGGAGGAUGGCUAAACCAGGCUCGUCUGCGGCGGUGCUGCUGCACCUGCUGGGCUUCCUCUCGGCGUCCUCCGUUUGUGCCGACACUCUGCUGUCAGCACCGCUCAAUGUGACCAUUAGAGAGCUUGAGGUCAACUCCGCUGUGGUGACCUGGGAAAUUUUGGAGGGAGAUCCUGUCAUCGGAUUCGCCAUCACCCAACAGAAGAAGGAUGUGCACAUGCUGAGGUUCAUCCAGGAAGUGAACACUACCACACGCUCCUGUGCGCUGUGGGAUCUGGAUGAGGACACUGAGUACAUCAUCCACGUUCAGAGCAUUAGCCUGGGAGGAAGCAGCCCCCCCAGUCAGCCUGUGCUCUUCAGAACACCAAAGGAGUCUGAAAAGAUGGCAUCCAAGAGUCCUGAUGAGGUGACAAUGGAGGAGGUUGGUCAGGCUGCCCAGCUGAGGGCUGGAGAACUCAUCAUCAUUGUUGUGGUGCUCGUCAUGUGGGCAGGGGUGAUUGCCUUGUUUUGUCGUCAGUAUGACAUCAUCAAAGAUAACGAGCCCAACAACAACAAGGACAAAGCCAAGAACUCUUCAGAGUGCAGUACCCCGGAGCACCCACAAGGGGGGUUACUGCGCAGUAACGUCUAAGACCAACCCUGCAUCGCCUUCUGCAAUAACCAACCUAAGACCUCAGGACAGGACCCUGAGACCAACAGAAAGCCAUCCUCUGAAAAAAAACUGAAGAACAGUUAAACUAUUCCAGAUUUCAUCUUGACACAGUGGAGAACUCUACAGUUACAAUGCAGAUAACCCCGAAGUUGCUAAAUCAAGGCAACAAGUUAAAAAGGAAACAGCGGAGGAUAAAACUGCAUUCUCUAAAUGUUGCAACCAAAACUGGACUUCCAGCCUAUACAGACAUAAGACAUAAGAAUGGUUAAUUAACAGUUUUUUCUUGAUGUGAACUGCUUGAUUCAUACAGUUUGGUUUCUGCACAUCAGUGGCAUGGAAUCGCUGGAGUUGAUCAUCAAACCUAAAUGUCAACUUCACAUCUGGAUUACCGGUCAGAGGCGGCAGAAACUCGGGCUGCCCCACAACAUUAACUAGUCCAGGUACUAGUCAGCACACAACAAUAUAAGGAAAGCUCCGUUUUAGACCAAGGACUUUCCCUUUUUCUAUCUGUCCAUCUGCAUUACCUCCUUUCUGUUUUUAUUUCAGCCCUCUGUGUAGCAGCUCACGUCUCUCCCUGUCUCUCUGUGUCAGUGUUUCUCUUAUAAGCACAUUCCUGUUUGGUGCUCCUUCUAUUGUGAUUGCUCGAAACCCUUAAAAUCCCAGUCUUGGUUAUAGUAUGAUUUUUAUCGUUGGGUUACAAAUAUUGCAUGAUGAGUUCCAUCUCCGGCCUUCGUGUCCGUUUGUCUCUCUCUCUCUCUUUGUCGUCAGAUUUAAUGAUGCCUCUUUUGUCUCACCUCACUAACUGGAAGUUUAAACUUCUGUGUCGGUUCAGAGACACACAUUUUAUAGUCUCCAUAUUUUGUGUGGGUGAUGAUGAUUGAAUACAGCCAUGAAUCAUGCUGAGUUCAAGGACUGACCAGCAAUCUGUCAUCCAAAUCAAAUUAAUUAAAACAACUUCCAGCUUCGAAAUACAGAGGAUAGAAUCAGUGCCAACUUUUAGAAGAAUGGCAUGGCUGGAUUUAGGAUCAUAUUAGAUCUCACUGUUCAUCAUUACGUUUCCAGCACCAUAUGCUGUCUGUGGUCUGCAGCAGGAUGCUCUGGGAAUAUGGAUUAUUCAUAUUGUAAUAUAUUCAGGGGGCAGAGUUUGAUUGGGUUUCUUUUGUGGUUUGGCUGCUUACCAGCAGGGAUGCCAGGAAGUGGAGACCCAGAGGCAAAACCAUGGUUUGAUGUGGGUUUUCUUCCAGAGUCCCUUUGCAGCUCUACAUUACCUCAUUUUAUACAGCAGUUUGUUUGAUUAUACAACAGUUGGGAUGCUGUGUAAAAUACAUUUAUUAGUUGUACAAUUAUUCAUGAGACUUACAAAGCAAUAUUUUAUUUACAAC